GGGGCUGAAAACAUUCGCCAAAUUGUACAUUAGCACCAGGGCUGCUGCUAUACAAACUCACCGCACAACUAAAUAAAGAUCCGCCAGACUGUUUUUUUUCUCUUGAUGUUGGCCACAAGCUGAAGAAAGAGAGAGGGGGGGGGGAUAUAUCAGGUGAUCUACAUGAAAUAAUCUUGGCUUUAACCGCGUUGUGUCUCACCGCUUUCUCACCCCCCAGUGGGACUCCAGGUGCUUAACCUCCCUCCUGCCAGUUCUGCAUGGUCAUGACCUGUCAUCACGCCCCUUCCACAUCCCACCUCGUCCUAUUGGUCCUGCUCCUUGUCACUCCGCCCCUGGCUGGGACCGCCCCUGCGUGGGUCGAGGGAGGGGCAGAAGGGGGCACCCGGACAGACCUGAGAGAGGACAACCUCGGCCCCUUUCUCUCGCCCCCGCCUCUGACCCUCUCCGGCCCUGACAACGGUUCGUUAGACCAGGGCCCGGGUCAAGACGACCAAUCAGAUAAAGGGAUGGACCCUAUGCAGGUGCUCGCUGUGCUGUUGGAGGCUCUGGACCACCCAGAGGAGGGAAAAAUCUAUGCCAGUAGAGACAGAGUUUUGGAAGAGGAUGAGAGUCAGAAACUGCCCUCCAUUGAAGGCGUCGCGGGUGGUGAGAAAAGAAGAACGGGGGAGACAGAGGGACAGAGGGGGGUGGAGGAAGAGGGGCGAGGGGCUGAUAAGGCAAUUGAACAGCUAAUUGUAGGCCAUUUGACAGCUGCUCAGGGGGAUGGCUCAAAAGAAAGGGAUGAGGAAGAUAAGACCACAAGGUCAGAGGAGAAUCAAGGGUGGUCUGGGAGGGAUGUGCGAGGCGAUAGCGUGAACAAGGAGGAGGAGGAGGAAGAUGAGGAGCAGAAGGACGGUCAUAGUUUGGAAAGUUUCCUAAAGAACGCCAGGCCAAGGACCCCCUCACUGGGAGAUGAUCCAUCUCUGCGGCGCAAAAUAAGAGGCUACUUCCAAAACAUUGACUUGGGUCUCCAAGAUAAUGAGAUCCUGCCUCCUCUGAAGGGCUACAAGGCAUACAACACUCAGCUCGCGCGAGCCGGAAAGAAGCUGCACUGGGAGGGGAACCAGGACCGCAACCGACCCUCCGACGGCGGCGGCGGCGCCGGCAACUUCAUGGAUGAGUUUGAGGAUGAAGGAGAGGAGCUGCAGGAGGAGAUUGAGGAAGAAGAGGAGAGCCUCUCCCACAUGCAAGAAGAGGCGAGAGCGCGAGCAGAGAAACAGGAGGUUCUUCGCCAGCAGGAGGAGGCGGAGCGUGCCAGAGAGGAGGAGCAGAGGCUGGCAGACAUCGCCUCCGACAUGCUGCUGCAGUACAUGGGGAGGAAGCAGCAGUCCUACAUGAAACCCCGGCAGAAAAGCAGCCUGGGCCCCGCCAGCAACACCGCCGAGGACAAGCGCUCCGAGGAGGUCGUCGCCGACGAAGACGACGUCGACCAGCAGAUGAUCGACAGGCUGAUCGAGAUCAGCAGCAAGCUGCACCUGCCCGCCGAUGACGUGAUCGAGAUUAUCAACGACGUGGAGGAGAAGAAGAAGAAAAGGAAAGAGCUGCAACAAUUACCGAUCAACAGCAACCCUGUUGCCCCGCGCUUCAGGCCUCUGGUACCUCCUCCUCUGGCUGCUCCACCCAUGUACCACUACACCGCCUCGAAAAACCCCAAGAAAGCCCCUUAUAGGUACAACAAGUCCAACAAGAAAUGGCACAAGGACAAGGUCUUGUCCUAUAAGAAGGACUAUUGGUAUAAGCCUCAGAAGCAGCUUGACUACUGGUAUAAACCCCAGAAACAGUUUUUAGCCUUCCCCUCCUACCCAUACUACCAGAAGCCAUAUCGAGCAUACUACCCGGUUUAUUUCCCAUAUCCCAAAGCACAAUAUUAUGGCAAACCCUCUCCCUCCAUAGAACAGCCGUUCGGCCCCCAGGAACUCGACUUCCAGCCCCCGAGGCGCAGGCACAGGGCCGGGGGUAAGAACCGCGGACAGGGCUGGAGGCAGCAGCCGGCGCCUCGCCUGCCGCUCAGCCCUUAUAUCUCUAACUACAUCCUUCCCCACCCACGGACCUACCAACCCCUGCCCCCGCCCAAACCAAUAACCCCACCCAGGAGAGGGAGGCGACCCCCGUACUACUAUCAACAAGUCACGCCGGGAGAUGACUACGAGGAAGAUGGUCUGGUGCCUCAGUUGGACAGUGAGGAGGAGCUGGAAAACUUUAUUGAGAGGAUCUACAUGAAACGUAGAAUGUAUUGAGAGACUUUUUGGACAUUCGUCGGAUCAGACGGGCUGGCCAGAGGUGGGAUAGAUAUUCAGUAGCUGGAGAAAAGCUAAAAGAGAAUGUGGGUCGGGGGUAAGAUUCAGGGGGCGACGGGUUUUGAGCCUGAAUGAAAUUGAAGGGUCUUGGUGUGAAAUGUUUGAUUUAUGUUGUUUUACUCAUUUUAUUUUUACUUUCUCGGUCAGGGGGAGGAUGAACGGUCCCAGUUGAAUCUCCCUGUAACCACAUUAGCCUCUUGCUCAGUUUACAUUUUGAAACAGAACAUACCAUGGUGUAUGUCCGCCUCCAUUCAGGUCAAUCUCUGAAUCUCUUACAUUGUUCAGAGGGAACACACACACACACACACACACCAACUUAUAAGCACAUUUUUGACACUUUCACAAGCAAAUGGGCCCAUUUUCAAAGAACCAUGUUUACAAUAUCACUUGUUUUAUAUUCUGUAUGUCUUAUUACAAAACUAAAGUAAUUCUCAAAUAUAAAAAUAACAACACUGCCAUUGUCAAUUCUUCAAUGAAAGUAUUUUUUUUGUUGUUAUUUGAUGUUUGUAGUUUCCUGUCCUAUUGUCGAUUGGAUCAACUUGUAACAAUUUGCAAACGUGCCAAACAACCACAUAUAGACAUUUCAGUUUUUCAAAAAAUUCAGAUUUUUUUCCUUUCAAGCUCAUGGUUUUAAAAGGGUUUUCCCUCUGCAUAAUAUUAUCAUCACAACCGAUCCUAAAAGAGAAACCCUGUGGAAUCCAAAAGCACAAACUGAAAACACUAAACACUUCCAACCUGGUGGUCAAAGAAUGUUUAUCAUUCUCUCGAUAUUUGUGGAUCCACCAGUUCACCUUUGACUUCUGGGACUCCUUGAACUUUUAGGAGUCAUUUUUAUCUUCCUCACCUUCCCCAAUUGUUCAUCUCCAAUUACUGAUAAAGUGACAUCCUCACUCACUUUUUUUAGGGUUUUUUCACAUAUUGUUCUUUUUGCCAUAUUUCUUGAAUCCUGUAUUUAUUUUGUUUUUUUUCCUUUGCUUCCCAGCAAAAAAAGGAUACUUGAAAUCACAAUCUAUUUAGCGGCUUUUUAAACCGAAAGCCGACAAGAGGCUACACACGUUUUUUUUCUCAGAAGAAUUUCAUUGAAAAGUUUCAGGCCCGGGGAGUCAGGGAUUGUGCUUAAAACCGUUAAAUGCACGUCUUUCUACUUGCAUCUUAAAAAAUGAACAAAAAAAAAUAAACAAAAAAAGAGAAAAAAUAAAACAGUAAAGGAAAAAUCCAGAUGGUUGUUUUCUCUGAAUAAACUGUGAACAUUAAAAAAAAGAAAUCUCAAAAGGAGGAAGGCCACUGUGUCCACAGUGAAGCCAUCUGUCUUGUAAAAGGAGAGUGUUGUUGUUGAUGUCACCUUUAGCAUUGUAACAUGUACAGUGUGAAAUAAAUAUGCCCGUGCAAUGUGUAAAUAACAGCAUGAUGAUUACUAGUUUUGCUAUAUGAAAAAAAAUAAAGGUAAUUAUUUUAUUAAAGUUCA